CGAGGCUGCGGUUCUGAGUGCGCAGACGCGAACGUAAGUCCUCUUCCUGCUAAGAUGGCGCUGGGGUUGAUGUACGGACGCCGGGAGCUUCUGCGCCUGCUACGGCCCCAGCGUCAGUUCCACAGCGUCGCACGGCCCUGCCAAUGGCCCCGGAAAGCGCUGACAGCGGGGCUCCGGUUCCCAGCCGGCCGCUGCUGCGGGCACCCGCACUAUGUCCUCCUCGCGGCCCCAGGCCCCCGGGGCCUCAGUACCUCUGCCAUCUCUUUUGCAGAAGCCCAGGUUCAGGCCCCUCCGGUCAUUCCUGCAACUCCCCCACCUACAGCAGUACCUGAGGUGGCUUCUGGAGACACUGCAGAUAUCAUCCUGGCUGCUGCAGAACAGAGCUUCACUGAGCUUGGGCUGGGGUCAUACACCCCAGUGGGACUGAUCCAGAACUUACUGGAAUUUAUGCAUGUUAACCUAGGCCUACCUUGGUGGGGGGCCAUUGCUGCAUGUACAGUCCUUGCCCGCUGCCUGGUGUUUCCUCUCAUCGUGAAGGGCCAGCGAGAGGCAGCUAACAUCCACAACCACUUGCCAGAGAUUCAGAAGUUUUCCGCUCGAAUCAGAGAGGCCAAGUUGACAGGAAACCAUACUGAAUUUUACAGGGCCUCCUCGGAGAUGACGUUCUACCAGAAAAAGCAUGAUAUUAAACUCUUCAGACCUCUCAUUCUACCUCUGACUCAGGCCCCGAUCUUCAUCUCCUUCUUCAUUGCCUUGAGAGAAAUGGCUAACCUUCCUGUGCCCAGCCUGCAGACAGGUGGCCUCUGGUGGUUCCAGGAUCUCACACUAUCUGACCCCACUUACAUGUUACCUCUGGUGGUCACUGCUACAAUGUGGGGUGUCCUUGAGCUAGGUGCUGAAACUGGCGUGCAAAGUUCUGACCUUCAGUGGAUGAGAAAUUUUAUCAGAUUGAUGCCCCUGGCAGUCUUGCCCAUAACGAUCCAUUUCCCCGCGGCAGUGUUCAUGUACUGGCUGUCCUCCAACGUAUUUUCCCUGGGCCAGGUGGCCUGCCUCCGUAUUCCAGCUGUACGCACUGUACUUAAAAUCCCCCAGCGUGUUGUGCAUGACUCAGACAAAUUACCUCCCCAGGAAGGCUUCAUAAAGAGCUUCAAAACAGGCUGGAAGAAUGCCGAAAUGGCACAUCAGCUACAGGAGCGUGAACGACGCAUGCGGAAUCACUUGGAGCUAGCAGCCAGGGGUCCCUUACGACAGACCUUUACCCACAACCCUCUGCUACAGCAUGGAAAGAAUGGACCUCCCAACACCCCCAAUAGCAGCAGCAACAAACCAAAGUCAAAGCAUCCCUGGAGUGACACACUUGGCUGAAUUCUCUUCCCUGCUCAUACUGGCAGGAACUCUCUCUCUUGAGAGACUCAGCCUUAGAACAAGAACUGAUGCUGGGUCCUUGCCGCAGACCUAGAAACUGUGGGACAUGUUGAUGUUCAUUUUAAAAGUAGAUUCCACUACAGACUCUUCCACCUAAGUGUAAAAGAACACUGGGGAGCCAAGUGAUCUUCCCAUCCACUGAGUUAGUAAACUUCCGUAUUACGUGCUGCUCCCUGAAACUUAUUAAACAGGGAAAAGGACUGAGUGCUUCAGAGAAAAGAAUAGGUUGGGUGAUGAUUGUUCUUGUUGGCCCAUGCUCUUAGGAGGCAUCUCAGUGUUGUAGCCUGGCAUUAAGGGCUUAGAUGUGUUGUCCCGUCCAUACUUGCUUUGUGGUCAGAGGUAUGCGUGGUAAGCAGAGACUGUAUCUGGAGGAACCACAUUCAUUUACCCCAAGAUUACCUAUAAAAUAUUCUUCAAGAAGUAGAUAUGCUUAAGUUUUUAGUGAUAAUUAAGAGGAAGUUGAUAAAGCUUUUAUCGAACAACCUAGCAUUUUGCUACAGCAGCUUAGGUGUUCUCUUGUGUAGAGACUGGUUGCAUCAGCCUUCAGCAACUGGCUCAAGAGAGAAAGAAAUACUCAGAUUCUUUCAAGCAUAAGAUUGUUUUUAGUCUUCCUGCCAGGCUAAUGGGAGCUGUCCUUGAGACACUAUAUAAAAAUGAAGCCAGGGGCUUCCCUGGUGGCGCAGUGGUUGAGAAUCUGCCUGCUAAUGCAGGGGACACGGGUUCGAGCCCUGGUCUGGGAGGAUCCCACAUGCCGCGGAGCAACUAGGCCUGUGAGCCACAACUACUGAGCCUGCGCGUCUGGAGCCUAUGGUCCACAACAAGAGAGGCCGCGAUAGUGAGAGGCCCGUGCACCGCGAUGAAGAGUGGCCACCGCUCGCCGCAACUAGAGAAGGCCCUCGCACAGAAACGAAGACCCAACACAGCCAAAAAUAAAUUAAUUAAUUAAAAAAAAAAAGCCAUUCAGAGCUCAGGAACAUACCCUUUUAUUGUCUAGCACCUUUGACAGUUUGACGUCUCUCUAAAGGAGACGGGAAGUUUGGAGCAUUAUUGGGUCUUUCAGUGGGAAAGAGGAGUGGGCAGGCACACUGGAGGUGAGUGGAUGUCUUAACACGUGGAAACGUGCCAAUGGAACAUCCAGGCCCACACCUGGCAUGCUCCCCAUCACAGUCUGCUUUAUUGUCCCUUUAAAAGAAAUACGGAACAAUAUGUAGCAAAACAAAUAAAUUACUCUCCAUCUCUCAGAAAGCAAGUUCAGAGGUUGUUGAAGCUGCCUAAGAGGCUUCUGGACAGACGCCUCCAAAGAAGUGAGCUUUUCAGCUUCCUUGGCUCCAGCCAGUAGGAGAUGAGGCCCCUGCUGCCCACAUCUCAGGAUUUCUCGUGGUGUUUAGUUAGAUUUGGGAUCUUGUUGCUUGGGCGUCUCUCCUCCAUCUUCCAAAUCCAUCUCUGCAGCAACUGACAUACAUAGGACCUGGACAUACCACGUGGCAGAUGCUACAAAGAGAAGUUUGAGUCAAAACAGAAGAGGUCAACUGGGCUGAGUUCAGGUGGCACUGAGUGGGGCUGGGCCCGAGGGGACAAUUACAGUUAAGCCUCAACAACAGGUAGGAGCUAUGGCGAAGGCGAUUUGGGAGACUAGAUUUGCAGAAAAAGCCAAAAAAAAAAACCAGGCCGUACAAUAGCUGAGCCGACUUGAGGACCCAAGGCUUACCCACAAUCCUGCGGAGGCAAAGAGGUCGUUUGUGCUCUGGCACUCUGAUGAUGAAGAAGUAAAAGGGCAAGCCUGAGAGGGCAAUGCCGAUGCCGAUGAGGGAGUUGAUGGUAUCACUGUAGAGUGGAACAGCCACCAAGAAGAUGGUGCAGAAGCAGAAGACAAUGGGGAAGAAAAUGCUGAGCUAAGGGCACAGAAGAAACAAGUGGAGGUUAGACAGCUCAGGGUGGACAGCCAAGAAAACCCCACCUGUGAACAGAAGAGCACUGAGUGUUCUUGUCAUCCCCUUCCUCUCAACUCGGAACCACCGUCAAGUUCCGGGCAAAGGUUUCUGAAUAAAUAUAAGAAUCCCCUGGAGUGGGUGCAGCAGAGGUGGGAUGGAGAGGUCCUACCUUGAGAGGACGAGGCCUAUUAGGCUCCUUCCAGCGCAGAUAAAGCUGACCCACGAUAGAGAGCCCCACGAAGAACCAGUAGCUGAAGCUGUAGUAGUUAAUGAGCUGGAAGAUGUCCUCCACACACAAGUAGAUCAGCGCCAUGAGACCCUGCAGGCGCAAGCCCACAUCAGCUCCUCUCAAGGCCUGUCACGCAAGGCACUUGCCAGUCCCUUUAUCUCCCACAAAUCCACCCCCUUGUCAAGUCCUCAGUCUCCCCAACUGUCCUUUUCUGUUCCCACCCCGUUUACCACCUUAGUUUCAACACCUCGCUCCUUUCCUAUUAAGUCAGUAGCCUUUUUCAGCCCAUUCUUCAAACUCUUGCCAGGUUAAUCCUCUGUACAGCACAGCUCAAAACAGUUCCUCAAAUAGCUUUUGCCCCAGCGCCUCUCCAGAAUGGCUCCAACAUACAAUUCCAGCUUUUACCUUCUGCUACCCAACUCCACACUGCUUAACCUCUGGACUUUCUGAUGCUGUUUCUUUCAAACUAAAGCCCAUCCAUCGCUACCAUUUGCAACCCUAACCUUAAAAAUCCACUUCAAAUUCACUUUCUCCAGGAAGUUUUUCCUUGUUCACCCUCUACCCCCACAGUGACCAUUUCUUCCCUUGAACACUACAUCACUGUCUGCCACGGCAGUCGUUACAGUGUAUUCCAUGAACUUUAUGCCUCAUCCCGGGCCAGAGGAGGUCACCAUUCCUUAGAGAAUAUGGAUUCUUUCAAGAACCACUGCAGCAGGGACUUCCCUGGUGGUCCAGUGGGUAAGACUCCACGCUACCAAUGCAGGGGGCCCGGGUUCAAUCCCUGGUCUCGGAACUAGAUCCCACGUGCAUGCCACAACCAAGGGUCCGCAUGCUGCGACAAAGACCCAGCACAACCUAAAUAAAUAAAUAAACCACUGCAGCAGUUACAGCACAGUGCCUUGCCCACAGUGGAUGGUCCAUCAACAGUUUUUCUAUUAGAAUCUUCUUUAGAGCUUCUGGGGAGCUAAGAACAGUUGUAUCUACUGCUACUAAAGUUCCCCCACAAUCUGGCUUUCAGCCCCAGUCUUGAGACCACUUACAUUGAAGAGCAGAGCCGGCACUGGUGUGAACCGCUCAACAUGAAUCAUGCAGAUGGUGUCAGGGAGAUGGCCUUCUCUUGAGCCCACAAAGAAAAGCCUAUUUUGGGUAAGAUAGGAGAGGCUGAGAAACUUGGGGGAUGUGGGUGUGGCCUGGUUCUUGUGCCACAAGGCUCUCCCUCUCUGGCAUCCCCUCCUUCAAAAGGGUUUGAAUAAUUUGGAACGGAGUUCAAUACUGAGAUUUGUAAGAACUGGAGGCUGCUGAUGCGAACAAGGCCAAAGCGUUGUGACUGUCACUUGGGGAUCGUGGUGACUAAAGUCUGGGUCCUGUUAAGUCCUGCCCUGUCCUGCCACAGCUCUUCACUUUACCCCUCAGUAAAAGGUGACACUCGUACCUAGACGCAGCCACAAUGGAGGCAUUGAGGCCACCAAAGCAGGAUAACGCAACUGCCACUGGAAUGGUCCAGUUGAACAUUCCAAAAAUCUGGUCUGCAAAUGUCUAAGGGAAAGGAAUGGAGAAGAGUCAUUAGCAGGACCUAACGGGGAUGGAAGGCAAGGACAAGCAUACCCCCUGGUGCCCCCUACUAGCAACCCAACCCUUUCUUCCACAGCAGGGCUAACGACCUCGCAAGCCCAGUACUCUAGGCAUACUCUUUUCAAGGACUACCCGCUUUCUGGGACUUUGAAGAGCAGCACGAUACCCAAAGCCCACAAACACACCCUCACCCUUCUGCUAGUGAAAAUCCUUUACCACAGCAACAGCAUCGCUGGCCAGGAUCUCUCUCAUGUCGAGCACGGUGUAAUAGGCCACAUUGGUUAAGAUGUAGAUGAUGGUGACAAUGGGCAUGGAAAUGCCAAUGGAGAGGGGCAGAUUCCUACAGCCAAACAGAAAAGUGGAUAUAUUAGCCCCACAGUCUCCUCCCCACUGUCCUUUCAUUUUCAGACUCCGCCCCACUAAUCCGGGGAUGGGGCCUCCCAUGGCAAUUCCCCAGGGCUUUUGCCUUUGAAGUUGCCUAGGAUAGGAUAGGAUAGUGGCUUAAGCUCUGAACUCAAGAACUAAAGAGCAUCAGGGAAAGGAACAUCACAUUCGGAGAAAGGCCUACACAAAAAAAGGAAAAAGGAUUGAUGACUGUGUCACAGCAUGAUAAUAGCACAGGAAAGUUUUGUUUGUUUUACUCUAGAGGUCUCUUAGUAUCAGGAUUCCUCCUCUAAGGCUGUCAACACUGAAAAAUUUGUAUUAAGGUUAAAUAUGAAAGAAGAAAUUAUAGAGGGGAACUGCAGUCUAGCCUCGCCAGAGAAUAAUACAGGUCCUCAGUAGAAAGAACAAUGUGUAUCUGAGCGAGCAAUCUGGGAAGUAUGUGCACCCCGCCCCCUUACUCAGUUUGAGAGCUUUGAGUGCCGUCCUAACCAGAGGCCAAGAGAAAAACAGACGUCUCAAGGUCCCUCUGGCCCAAUAAAGCCAUGAUCUUUAUAAACGUUCUUCACAGUGAGAGGGGGGCAAAUACUCAAGUCAUUCAGUUUCUGUCCUGUAGGUGGAAGCACCGCCCAGGCCUCGAUCUGCUAUCAUCUGCUCCCAGGGUUGCAGCACUAGAUGUGUAUCAGGAAUACUCUGUUUCUCAAAGCCAAAAGGUGUUUAUUAUUAUUAUUUUGACUUAGAAAUUUAUAGAAACCUCACUCCCUGGCAAAUCUUAGGUCCUAGAAUCAUUGAAUUUCAGAGCCAGGAAAAGCUCUAGAGAUCAUAUAAUUCAACCCCCUCAAUUACAGACAAGGAGCAGGCAGAGAUGGCAGGGGAUUCCCUCAAGGUCAUCCAACAAAUCAGUGGAAAGACAGGUCCAGGCCCUUUGACUCCCUGCCCAGAGUUCUUUUUACUCUGCUUGACUACAGGGCAAUUCAGAGUAAAAAUGGUGUCCUGAAACAAACAAUACCACAAUUCAAAGUCAGUAUGAAUUUGAGAAACAAGGAAGGGAUCAGAAGAGAAAGGAAGGGGCUUCCCUGGUGGCGCAGUGGUUGAGAGUCUGCCUGCCGAUGCGGGGGAUGCGGGUUCGUGCCCCGGUCCGGGAAGAUCCCACAUGCCACGGAGCGGCUGGGCCCGUGAGCCAUGGCCGCUGAGCCUGCGCGUCCGGAGCCUGUGCUCCGCAAAUGGGAGAGGCCACAACAGUGAGAGGCCCGCGUACCGCAAAAAAAAAAAAAAAAAAAAAAUUAAAUAAA